AGCGGCAUGGCCGGGCCGCGGGGCGCGCUGCUGGCCUGGUGCCGCCGCCAGUGCGAGGGCUACGGCGUGGACGUGCGCGACCUCAGCGGCUCCUUCCGGGACGGCCGGGCCUUCUGCGCCAUCCUGCACCGGCACCGGCCCGACCUGCUGGAUUUUGACUCGCUUUCCAAGGACAAUGUCUUCGAGAAUAAUCGGCUGGCCUUUGAAGUGGCCGAGAAGGAGCUGGGGAUCCCUGCCCUCCUGGACCCCCAUGACAUGGUGUCCAUGCGGGUCCCCGACUGCCUCAGCAUCAUGACCUACGUGUCCCAGUACUAUAACCACUUCGCCGGCCCCGGCCAAGGGGUCUCGCCCCCGCCGAAGGGUAUGGCGCCUUCCUCCCCGCCCUCCGAAGUGCCUACGGAACCGGGGGCAGGAACUCAGGACGAGGAGCUGUCCUCCGGCGCCCACCCACCCCCCAGCAGCACGUGCGCGGCCUGUGGGCAGCACGUCCACCUGGUGCAGCGGCACCUGGCAGAGGGCAGGCUCUACCACCGGCACUGCUUCCGGUGUCGCCACUGUGCCAGCACCCUGCUGCCCGGGGCUUACCAGAGCGGGCCGGAAGAUGGCACCUUCGUGUGUGCUGAGCAGUGCGCCAGGCUGGGCCCCGGGGCGCGGUCGGGGGCCAAACCCGGGCUCCCCCCGCAGCCUCAGGCCCAGGCCGAGGAUGCGGAGAGUGGCAGCCCGGGCCCUGGGGCAGAUGCCGGGCCCGAGGUGGACACCCCCAAGGCUGGCCCCGAGGCCCGGCCCCAGGUCCCUGCUAAGCCCCCGCUGGCGAGCAAACCCCUGCAGCCGGCCGGCUCCCCAUCCGGCCGCCCGACCCCGGCCCCCAGGAAGGCCUCCGAGAGCUCGGCGCUCACCCCACCCACGCCGCGGCCCCGCUCCAGCCUGGCGCAUGAGAGCACGGAGUCGGGGGGCAGCGGCCUCGUGAAUGGAAGGCUGCACGAGCCCCCGGUCCCCAAGCCCAGAGGGACGCCCAGGCUGUCCGAGAGGACGCCCGCCCCCAGGAAGGACCCACCAUGGAUCACGCUGGUGCAGGCCGAGCCCAAGAAGAAACCAGCCCCCCUGCCCCCCGGCAGUCCCGGGCCCCCCAGGCGGGCAGACGGUGGGGGUCAGGAGGAGGGGGCCACCCAGCAGAACCCCGCGGCCGCCGGCCCCGAGCCCAAGCCCUACAACCCCUUUGAGGAUGAAGAGGAGGAGGAGGAAGAGGAGGAGCAGCAACAGCCCCCCGCUGCUCCCAGCCCGGCCACUGAGUCUGCCUUGUGCCCCCCUGAGCCCACCUCCAAGUCCCUGCACCCCUGGUAUGGGAUCACCCCCACCAGCAGCCCCAAGACAAAGAAGCGCCCCGCCCCUCGAGUGCCCGGUGCCUCUCCGCUCGCCCUCCACGCUGCCCGCCUCUCUCACUCCGAGCCCCCCUCGGCCACCCCGUCGCCUGCCCCGAGCGUGGAGAGUCUGUCCUCUGAGGGGUCCAGCCAGCCUGGCCCUGGGGAGCUGCUGGCACCGCCCACCGUGCCCAAGAGCUCCUCAGAGCCCGCGGUCCACGCCCCGGGCCGCCCCGCCACCUCUGCCAGCCUCUCGGCCGCUUCCUCCUCUUCGUCCUCUGCAGAGCUGCUAGAGUCUCGGGGGGAGCGGACCCCCCAGGCCAGCCCGGCUCUGGCCCACAGUGGCCGGGGCAGCCCGCGGCCCCCGCCCGCCAAGCCCACCCCACCCCCGGUGGGAGACCGGAGCCCGGCACCCUCCUCCGGAACCUCGUCUCCACAGCUGCAGGUAAAGUCUUCCUGCAAGGAGAACCCUUUCAACCGGAAGGCGUCACCCACAGCGUCCCCCGCCGCCAGAAAGGCCACCAGGGGGUCCAAGCCAGCGAGACCCCCUGCGCCCGGCCACGGCUUCCCGCUCAUCAAGCGCAAGGUGCAGGCUGACCAAUACAUCCCCGAGGAGGACAUCCACGGCGAGAUGGACGCCAUCGAGCGCCAGCUGGAUUCCCUGGAGCACCGUGGGGUGCUGCUGGAGGAGAAGCUGCGCAGUGGGGUGAAUGAGGGCCGUGAGGACGACUUGCUGGUGGACUGGUUCAAGCUCAUCCAUGAGAAACACCUGCUGGUGCGCCGGGAGUCAGAGCUCAUCUACGUCUUCAAGCAGCAGAACCUGGAGCAGCACCAGGCCGACGUGGAGUACGAGCUCCGCUGCCUCCUCAACAAGCCAGAGAAGGACUGGACAGAGGAAGACCGGGUCCGGGAGAAGGAGCUGAUGAAGGAGCUGGUCACGCUCAUCGAACAGCGCAACGCCAUCGUCAACUGCCUGGACGAGGACCGGCAGAGGGAGGAGGAGGAAGAUAAGAUGCUGGAGGCCAUGAUCAAGAAGAAAGAGUUCCAGAAGGAGGCCGAGCCUGAGGGCAAGAAGAAGGGCAAGUUCAAGACCAUGAAGGUGCUGAAGCUGCUGGGGAACAAGCGCGAGGCCAAGAGCAAGUCCCCGGGGGACAAAAGCUAACCCAGCGGUCGCGCGUCCCCUGCUGCCGGCUCGGCACCCCCUUCCUGGGAUCGAUGGCAAGGAAAUGACACAACAGGGGUCUCAGGCCUCCAGCUGGCCCUGGCUGGGGCGGCCUUUUCACAGUUCUGAGCUGCAGGGAGGGGGUCGUGGCUGCUGAGACCGCCCCCGAGGAGCAAAAGUGGGCAGCAGCCUGGUGCCCCUUGUCCACUGGCCCGGGGACUCCCUGCUCCGGGCAGGCCAGCAGGCAGGCACCGCUGGUCGUCCUGGUGACAGAGGUGCUUCCUUUCCCUCCCUGCCCAGCGGCCACCCUGGUCUCUGGGUCAUGUCCCCAGCGAGGCCUCCAUGAGGCUUUUCAUCAGCAACAUCUGUUCCUGGCCACCAGCCAGGGCUUGGUGCUGACCCGUGCCGGGGGGGUGCUGUCCCCCACACUUGUGUUGUUCUCACUCCACGGGCCUGUUCCUGCCGAGGGCCUGGGGUGCCCCCGACCCCACUCCAGGUUGCAGCUGUGAUGUUGCCUUGUGCCUCUCACUCUGAGCUCUUUCUGGGGUGCCCGCAGGGGCCCACCCUCUGCACCUCUGGGAACGGUGGCCCCGAGCCAGCAAUAAACACGGCAGCCCCGGCGUCGGUGCCUUCCCUGCCUUGUCCCUUCCCCUAACUGGGGGGCCUGGGGUGGUCCGGGGGCCAUCCCUCCGGCACCUUUUGGGGGCAGGCAGGUGAUCCACUGACCCGACUGGGUGCGCCUAAGGCGUCACCUUCACAGCUGUCCUGGAGUCA